AUGUCCUCUCCAACGACCUCCGGCGAUGACACACGAUCGUUGCUCGACAGAGCCCUAGCUCUCAACCAUGCAAGAUAUGGAUUCUCUACCGCCAGUUGUCAGAUUUAUGAUACCGCUUGGGUCUCCAUGAUCAAGAGAUCAACAAAAGGCAUCGUAGAGUGGACUUUCCCGGAGUCGUUUCACUGGCUCAUCAGAGCACAGAACAGCGAUGGAUCCUGGGGAUCCAGCAAAAGCUCACGAACCGCCAAAGCCAUAGACACAGCAGCAUCACUUCUAGCUCUGCUCAAACACGCGGAAUCGCCGCUGCAGCUUCACGAGUACGGAUCGAGCGAGCUCAAAAGUCGAGUUCAGUCGGCAUUAGAAAGCCUCACCACGCAACUUCGUCAUUGCAACGAUAUCGAGAGUACCAAUCACAUCGGUGUUGAGCUGGUGCUCCCGGCCUUGAUACGAUACCUUCGAGAAGAACUGCCAUCGUCAAACUUCUUCCUUCGGGUCCCUGCCGCACUGGAAGCCAUGUCAGAAGCCAAAGCCUCGCAGUUUCAGCCAGAACUACUGUACAAGCAAAAAUGGUCUCCAGCAAUCUAUCAUCUGGAAGCAUUUGUCGGCAAAAUUGACUUUGACCGAGUCACUCAACAAGCUUUCGAGAAUGGCUCCAUGUGGACCUCGCCGGCAGCGACAGCGGCUUAUUUGAUACAUGCUACGACGUGGGAUGAUCAGGCUGAGGCCUAUCUGCGCCAUGUGAUCCGCGAAGGUCAAGGUCAUGGCAAUGGAAGUGUUCCCGGUACCUUUCCGACGAAAUUGUUUGAGUUUAACUGGAUUGUAGCUACGCUCAUAAGCGCUGGCUAUGACUUAUCCGAGCUCGACAGUUUCACAUUGGACAGAAUUGGAUCGAUUGUGAAAGCGGAAUUUUUGGCGGGACAUGGAGUCAUCGGUCAUGGACAGGGCGCAACGGAUGCCGAUGAUACAGCAAAAGGCCUCCUCGCUCUGAGGCUUCUGGGCAGAGAAGAUGGUAUAUCUCCAGACCAUCUGAUCAGAACUUUCGAGAAGGAAGACGGAUUUUCGACUUUUGGCGGUGAGCGAGACCGGAGUGUCAGUACAAACUGCCACGUCCUCCUAGCGCUAUUAAGCUGGAACAACCCAUCACAAUACGCAUUGCAGAUUCGAAAAGCAGCAAGUUUCGUGUGUGAGUACUGGUGGAGCUUUCUUGGCCAGUGCAAGGACAAAUGGCACCUCAGUCGCUUCUAUGCAUGGAUGUUGAUUGUGGAGUCCUUGGCCAGCCUUCUGCAAGUUGUGGAAGCAAACCUCCUCUCGGAUCUUCUGGACGACGAUCUGAAGAUGAAAAUUGCUGUGAUCCUCACUCAGAUCUGCACAGCAUACGCCGUACUGAUCCUUGGUAAGGUAUGCCGUAUGUGCUUCUUGAGUGAUCUUGCUUCUAUCAUAAGAUCAACGAUGGACCUAGGAGUCGCAUAUCUGGAAAAUCGAGAGACAAAUGCUUACGAUGAACGAUACUGGACUUCGAAAACCCAAUACGGCGUCAAAUUUGUCACGGAAGCUUACGUCUUAGCAGCUCAUCGCGUAGCACUUUCCGGACACGCGCAGGCAACAUUACUCAAGCGGACAAAGCACUUCCGUAACAUGCCAGAGUGGCUGAUGCAAGCAUCACUCAUCGAGUCAACUCUCUGGCUACCAGGUUUGCGCACUCGCCGGCUUGAAAUCUUCCCACGCGAUGAUCGUCGUAUUGCCAAGGACGCAUACUUCACGAUAUUGCCUGCUCUGUGGAUCUGCUGCCAGAACCGCUCCAAGAAAUUCGUCCCCAACAGUUUCGUCAACGACAUGUUAUUCAUGACGUUGAUCAACAUUCAAGUAGACGAGUUCAUCGAGGCCGUCAUCACGCCUACCUUCGAAGACCAUCCCGGAGACUUGCAUGACAUGAUUGACCACAUGAUCGACGACGUUUCCGAGAACCGCAAAUCACUGGAGAUGGACGGAAUUGUCCUCAGAGACGAGGACCGGGUAGAGAAAUUCCUCCCCCUCCGUCGCUUCGCCGAACAUAUCCUCCAACACGAACGCAUCCGCACCGCAAGCCGUCGUGACCGGGCCAUCUUGCAGCAGGAGCUUCGAAGCUUCUUACACACACAAGCAACGCAAAUGGAAGACAACAGCAAGCUUCGCAAACAACCCGACGAGCAAAACCUGACCUUUCACACCGAAAUUCCAUUCUUCACCUGGGUACGAACGACCGCAGCGGACCAUGUAUCCACACCAUUCACCGUCGCAUGGGUCCGCUGCUGGAUUUCUUCCGUCGUGGGCAAAGGCACCGAAGCCUUCCAACUUCCCACAGAAAAGUAUUUCGCAUCAGCUCUGGCUCGACACAUAGCAACGACCAACAGAAUGUACAACGAUCUGGGUUCCAUUCGACGAGAUGUAACCGAACGGAACCUGAACUCCGUACAUUUCCCCGAGUUUGCGGGAUUUGAUGCGGUGGAAGAACGGAAGAAGGCACUUCAGAGCUUGGCUGAAUAUGAGCAGAAAUGUGUCGAAGGCAGUCGUGAGAAACUCGAGGAGGCGUUUCGAGAAGCUUGCUCUGGGGCGUUCGAGAAUUCGAGGGAUGAAGCGAAACUGCAUAUCCUAGGCGCUCUGUGCGAUGUUGCUUCGUUGUGGGACCAGCUGUAUACCAUCCGCGAUCUGUCGAGUCAGAUUAAACUUGAUAGAUCAAAGCCUUAG